GUUCCCGUUUAGCAGUUUUGCGGGUAAGCUGAAAUAAUUAUUACAACACACAUAAUUUAAGCAAGCACAACGGCGAACGUGUAGGUUUUCUUAAAACGUAUCACUAAAGAGCAAGAAAUAUAUAAAAUUGGCGAAAAGCGGACUGAAGCUGUAACACGUGAGUGGCUAGGCUAACUAGCUACGUGGCUAAUUCCCAUGCUUUUUGGUUACAAUCUGCGCUUGUAGCUAACUUUAGCUAACUGUCAUUCAAACUUUUAGUGAGUUAGGUGUUGUAGUGUAGUGCGUUGAUUCUGUUUAGAGCACUUCGACUGGAGCUAUUCGAAUGGCCGGCAGCAGGAUGCAGCUGGAGCUGUCCCGUGUAGUUCAAUGCACAAGUCGGCUGGGUGUCCUGAAGGGACUCGGCAGGACCGGGCAGCGCUCUCUGGAGGUACCGGGGUGUCUGCUCUACACACACUUUGGGACGGUCCCCCACCUCACCCAGGACACGCUGCACACGAUGAGCAACCUGCCCUCUGUCACUCAGGUCACUCUGUCCAAUAUAGCAGAGCACCAGGAAGUGUUGGAGGAGUUUAAGGAUGGAUUCAGGAAGUUUGCAGGUCUUCACGACACUGUGUUGUACUGCUCGCUUCACGACCCUGCGAUGCUCUGCCCGACAGGUUACACAACCAACAAGACAGUGUCGGUGUGGGGCAGCGGUGGGCGGAUGGAGCUCACAGUGGCCAAGUUCAUGGCUCUCCAGAAGAGCGUGCAGCCCGACUGGUACCAGAGCAUGGCGGACGGAGAGACCUGGCAGAACAGCACGUCUCGGAAAAGGGUUCGAAAGUCAGUGGAUCGAACUCUCGCUCACUUGGAUGAGUGUCUGCUGGUGCACCAGAAAUCACAGGAGUUGGACGGAGUAGAGGUGUUCGGGGUGGUGGAGGGAGGAGACAUCUUGGAAGAGAGGGUACGCUCAGCCAGAGAGACAGCCAAGAGGCCCGUGGCAGGAUUCUGCCUGGACGGUCUCCAGACGGGCUCCAUGGAUCAGAGCCUGAGGACUCAGCUCAUCGCUGCUGUGAACAAGGAGCUACCUGAGGACAAACCCAGGCUGCUGCAGGGUGUCGGGCGACCUGAUGAGGUGCUGGCAUGCAUUGAAGCCGGGGUGGACCUGUUCGAGAGUUUUUUCCCUUUCCAGGUGACGGAGCGCGGCUGUGCCCUUUGCUUCAGCUUUGACAUCUCCCCGGACCCGGAGCGCGCAGGUAGAGCGCCCCCUGCAGUGCUGGAGCUGGGCGAAGAGAAGGACACAGCGGGGGACACAAAGCAGAAUGGAGAUCUUAAUCAUGAUGAUCAAACACAGAUGACAUCUUUUGAGAUCAAUCUAAAAGACAGGAGGUACCAGGACGACUUCAGGCCCCUGGUGGAGGGGUGUGGCUGCUACUGCUGUCAGAACCACCAGAGGGCGUACCUGCACCACCUGCUGGUGACCAAUGAGCUUCUGGCUGGAGUCCUCCUCAUGAUCCACAACACCUCCCACUAUCACGGCUUCUUCGCCGCCCUAAGAGAAGCUCUGGCCGAAGACAAACUGGACCUCCUCAAGAGACGGGUACUCAGGGAUGGAGCCCGGCAGACGGAAAGAAAGGAACAAGAUGGAUAAAUGAGAGAGAUAGUUGAGGGAUUGAUCCGAGGGAAUGGCGGGGGAGGGCUCUUCUUAACUGGAGUGGCAUGGCCAGAGGCAAUCAUGAGCAUUAUCUUCCUCUGUCAAGUUGAGUCACAGGCUGAACUGUGAUACUGGAGAGACCUUGAGAAUGACUCACUUCAUGUACUGCUAAUGCCAUGUGUCUGGUUAAAAGAGGAGGAUAAAAGGAUGAACAGAGCGGAUAGAGAGGACCGUUUGAUGUUUGUGCCCAGUGUCACAUCAGGAGGACCACUGCCUUUAACGCGUGUGUUGAUCUGAGCAGAUAGCCAGGAGGCAGAGUGAGGGUUGGGCGGCUGGAGAGAAAAAAAAUAAAGAACAGGAUGAGAAGUCAGGAGGUAUUUGCAUAAAAGUAAAACCAUGCAGAUGGAUGGCUGUGAACUAUUGAUGAUGGCUGAAUCCCAGUUGUGACCUGAUCACAGGUCAGUGGUUGACUAAUGUCCUUUAAACUCAUUGACGGAGGAGCGCACACCAGAAGGAGAACCGAUGAGGGUGAUCAAUCUCUACAAAGAAAAAAAAAAACCUUCCUAAAUGCCACUUUUGUCCCCCCCCCCUUUUUUUAUUUUUUAUUUUUUAACAUGAAAUAGGUGAUGUGUUAAAUCAGAUUUCUCAGAGAUUGUGUUUUGCUUUUUGUCAUUUCAUACUUUAUGGAUCUGCCCUCUUUGUGCUUCAAGAAUAUUUUUUAAUGUUCCACUUGGAUACCUCCAUUAAAACGAGCUUCUCACAUACAUGUC